AUGCCGCAAUUCAAUGUCAUCAUUGUGGGCUGCGGUCUUUCAGGGCCGUUGCUUGCGAGUGGCCUUCUGCAUGCUGGUGUCAAGGUAGACGUGUACGAGAGGAUGGCGGCCGAUGCAAAACGAGACGGCUACCAGAUUCGCGUCGCCCAGCCUUCCAUGGACGCCUUUGAUCUCAAUCUCACCCCAGAACAAAACCAGAGAAUCCGAGCGAGCCUAGGGCAUUUCGACGCCAACGAGGAAACUACCCCUGUCUGGUACAAUCACAAACUGAAGCCACUCUUGGAAAUGGGGCGCAUUAGCGAGCAGUAUCACGGCUCCGCGCCAAUGGACAGGGUAGUGCUGCGUGAUAUUAUAAUAGAAAAGCCGGUGGAGAGUGGCGUCGUGCACUUCGGCAAAGGCUUCUCCGGCUAUGACAUUAUUUCAGACAAAGGAAGGGAAAGAGUACGCGUGUCCUUCGAUGAUGGCACUUCAGCAGAUUGCGAUCUAUUGAUUGGGGCGGACGGAAGCCACUCUAAAGUCAAUAAACAUCUCGGCCUGAAUAAUAUCCAAGACAUCCCCGUCAUAAACUUCAUCACAAAGACACAUUUGUCAAAGGACAAGCUGGCAGCGCUGCCUGCGGCUGCUCGACAUUCACCGAUGCUGGUUUUCUCACACAGGAAGACUUACUUUUGCGUUGCAUAUAUUCCGAGCCGACAGCAGAAAGACGGUGCAAAAGGAGACGAAGGAUCGUCUACAGGAACUUCUGACUACGACGAAGAUUUGGCCACUUUCACCUUCUCGUUACAAAUGCAGAAAGACGAUUGUCCAGAAGACAUCAAGAGUUGGAACAAAGAUGCCACCUGGAAAUUCCUAGAAGAAUCUCUAAGUGAUUGGGACGAUGCUUUGUAUGCGCCCCUAACACCCCUACGAGAUGCAGAGGCACAGGCUAACAGUCAUCCCAGCCGCCAAGUCAUAAAGGUUAUCAAGUCAGAACAGGUCUACGUUUUCGAACCUCGCGCGACCAAACGGCCGGCUCUCAACUGGCGCUCCAAGGUUCGAACAGCGGCCAAUCCUAAUCUCGGCCAUCCGCGAGUAUGGUUGAUGGGUGACGCCAUGCACGUCAUGUUGCCCAACAGAGGCAUGGGUGGCAACCAAGCCAUGCUUGACACUACAGUGAUCUCGCCUCUGAUCCAGCGCCUUGACAAGGCUAUGACAACCGACGGAGCACUUGAGACCGAAGUGGUCGCGGCUGCCUGUGAGGAGUAUGAGAGGGAGAUGAUCCCAAGAACCUUUUACUGGGUCGAAACAAGUGGAGGAACAAAGCCAGUUCCGUUUGACACGAAUACCUUUUUUGGCCGAUGUGUAGCAUGGUAUAUGAAGUUGUCGCUGGAUAUCAGAGAUGCAAAGCAUUCAAUUCUGAGGUUGUUCAGAUUGAAAUAG